UGCUGUCUGUGCGUGGAUAAUCUCAUGUAGAAGCAGAAAGCGCACGGUGGAGACGUGUGUGUGUGGUUUUUUUUGUGCCAUCCUGACAGAUAAUGUCAUUGAGAUAGGAUUCUUUAAAUUUCUAGCACCUUGCAUACACAUCAGAUCAGACAGCUCCGGGUGCGUAAACGGAUCGUUUCAUUUGCAUUAAUAAAUCAUAAAGAGGUCAUAUCUUCAGGGAACAGUUUGGACAGUGGUCUAACACCUCUCCAAAGGAAUGAAUAAGUGCUAGAUCUCCGUCCACCGUUUCCAUGCAACAGCGCAGGCGGCUCUGAAGCCACAGGAGCUCCACUAGAUGCUGUUGCAGAAAGCGACGACGCAUUAGAUCAGGUUAGAGGGUCUGAGUAGGAACCCGGAGCGCGUAUUUAAACCCGAUGGAGCGUCAAGAUGAUGGAGAUGAGCCGGUUGCGAGCUCCAGCCGUCAUAACAGUGCAGAGGAGCCCGGUUCUCCUCCCUUGGAUUGUGAGCACUCGGGCAGCCCUCAGCAGGAGGAGUCCAACACCAUGAGGCGAAACGACAACUACCUGCCGGUCCCUGGAGAGGAGAAGAACCUGGACGUGGACUUCAACACCACCACCAGGAGGAAUGAGUCCAUACCAAUGAAAAGCCUUUAUGGGGACGACGGCUCACCCCUGUCCCCGAGGCUGGGCCCUUACUUCUCCGAUGGGCGGCGGCGGGUGGAUUACGUGCUGGCGUACCAAAUCCAGAAACCCAACAGCAUCCGGCGCCAGUCGUCCAGGUUCGGCGAGACCAACUUUAUCCGACGGCUUCGGCGCAGCCUGAGCAUGAGAAGCAGUCGAGCCCCCCUGCAGCCCAAAGAAGACCCCGAGAUCGCCGCCCAGGAUCAUCGCACCGACUACCACGAAGACGACAAGCGCUUCAGGAGGGAGGAGUUUGAGGAGAACCUGCUGGAGACCGGACUGGAGCUGGAGAAGGAUGAAGGGACUAAGAUCCCUGGAAUUGGCUUUCUGAAAAUCCACGCUCCUUGGAACGUCCUUUGUCGAGAGGCUGAGUUCAUGAAGCUCAAAAUGCCAACAAAGAAGUUUUACGAUGUAAAACAAGGCAGUAACGUGGUGGAAAAGAUCCGACUGUUUAUUCACAAAGUCACAGCUCCUCUCCAUCCAAAGGUGGACGCCAACCGGCCACAAAGCAUCAAAUCACUCUCUCACCCUUUCUCCAGAGAGAAACAGCAUUUAUUCGAUCUGUCGGACAGGGACAAGUUCUUUGACAGCAAGACCAGGAGCUCGAUAGUAUAUGAGGUGCUGAAGAGGACAAGAUGCACCCGGGCUAAAUACAGCAUGGGGAUCACCAGUCUGCUAGCCAACGGCGUCUAUACGUCUGCAUAUCCUCUUCAUGAUGGAGACAUAGAGGGAGUGAAUGCAGAGCCUAAUGACAGAAAGCUGCUGUAUGAAGAGUGGGCCAGCUACAGUGUCUUCUACAAGUACCAGCCCAUUGGACUCAUCAGAAAGUAUUUUGGGGAGAAGGUUGGGCUGUAUUUCGCCUGGCUAGGAGUUUACACACAGAUGCUGAUCCCUGCAGCCAUCGUGGGAGUCAUUGUGUUUCUUUACGGAUGUGCAACGGUGGAUGAUAACAUACCAAGCAUGGAGAUCUGCGAUGCCAGGAACAACAUCACCAUGUGUCCACUGUGUGACCGAGCCUGCAGCUACUGGAAGCUGGUUACCGCAUGUGGUACAGCGCGAGCCAGCCACCUGUUUGACAACCCAGCCACCGUCUUCUUCUCCAUCUUCAUGGCCCUCUGGGCGGUUCUGUUCAUGGAGCACUGGAAGAGACGGCAGAUGCGACUCAACUAUAUCUGGGACCUGACAGGGUUUGGAGAAGAAGAGGAGGAGGAGCACAAGGACCACAACCGAGCUGAGUAUGAGUUCCGUGUGAUGCAGAAAACACUAAAAAAAGAACAUGCAACUCCUAAGGAUGAAAAGGUGAAGCUAACGUGUACAGACAGACUGCCAGCUUACCUGACUACUGUUGUCGUGAUGUGCUUCUUGAUCACUGUGACGUUUGCCAUGGUCUUCGGGGUCAUCCUUUACCGUAUCAGCAUUAAGGCGGCGCUGCACAUGAGCACCUACCCCGCAGCACGAUCCAACAUCCGAGCAACCGUCAAAACCACUGCUGCCAUCAUCAAUCUCAUUAUCAUCAUCGUCUUAGAUGAAAUCUACGCCGCCAUCGCCCGCUGGCUCACAACUCUGGAGGUUCCAAAGACAGAAAAGAGCUUUGAGGAGCGCCUCAUCUUCAAAACCUUCAUCUUGAAGUUUGUCAAUGCCUUCACACCCAUCGUUUACUUGGCCUUUUUCAGGGGCAGGCUUGUUGGGCGACCAGGAAACUACUUAUAUGUGGUUGGAUCGUACAGAAUGGAAGAGUGUGCCCAUGCCGGCUGCCUCAUGGAGCUGUGCAUCCAGCUAUGCAUCACCAUGCUCGGCAAGCAGCUGAUCCAGAACAACCUGUUUGAGAUCGGCAUACCGAAGCUGAAGAAACUGCUUCGGAAGAGAAAAUCAGACCUGGACUCAAAGCAAGAAGAAGAGCUGAACAAAUCCAUGCAGCGGCACGAGAAAGACCACUUCCUAGGUCCAUUUGUUGGCCUCAGCCCAGAGUACAUGGAAAUGAUUAUCCAGUUCGGGAUGGUGACUCUUUUUGUGGCCUCUUUCCCUCUCGCUCCCCUGUUCGCUCUUCUGAACAACAUCAUCGAGAUUCGCCUGGAUGCCAAGAAGUUUGUUAUGGAGCUACGCAGGCCAAUCGCUGUCAAAGCCAAAGACAUUGGUAUUUGGUACAACCUCCUCAGAGGCCUGAGCAAGGUAGCAGUCAUUGUUAAUGCGUUUGUCAUUUCCUUCACUUCGGAUUUCAUCCCUCGCCUCGUCUACCAGUACAUGUACAGCCCCGAUGGCUCCAUGCACGGCUUCAUCAAUCACACGCUGUCCUAUUUCAACGUCACUGACUUCACGCCGGGCACGGAACCAUUGCAGCCCAUGCACCUGGGCUACAAGGUGGAAAUGUGCAGAUAUAAAGACUACAGAGAGCCGCCGUGGUCCAGUACACCAUAUGAACUUUCCAAGGAGUUCUGGGCCAUUCUGGCAGCACGCCUCGCCUUCGUUAUUGUCUUUCAGAACGUCGUGAUGCUCAUGAGUGACUUUGUGGACUGGCUGAUCCCAGACAUCCCCAAGGACAUCAGCCUCCAGAUCCACAAGGAGAAGAUCAUGAUGGUGGAGCUCUUCAUGAAGGAGGAGCAGGGCAAGAGGCUGGCAGCGCGGGACAACCACAACCAGGACAACUGCACUUCCCCGUCAUCAGCCAAUGAGAGCCCUCCUCAGCCCCGCUCACGGCCCGUGUCCCACACAAACUGUUAUUAAGAAGCAGAAGGCGACGUGGAGGAACAAGAGCAUCAAACAAACAGCAACAAGCAAAUAAAACCCCAAUAAACCAACUGUAAAUAGAUGAAUAGUCUGUGUACUGCAGUAAUAUCUGCUUACAGCCCGCUGUAAACACUAAACAGCUGUCCACUAACAAGGCUUUUAUACUAAUGAGGGAAGCUUUGCUGCGUUCACAUUUUGGAUUACUUGCAGGACUGGACAUGUUACAAUUUCCUCACCGCUGAAACCUGAAGAAACCUUUUCACACUGUCUCUUGUCUUACAGUGUUUUACAGAUUGCCAGACACUGUCAGCCAUUAAUUAUUCAUGUUCAGCAUGUGGUUAGAUAUGACCUGUCAUUAGAUUUAAAGAGCUAUGACCACAAAACAUCAUUUAUUGGAUGUAUUUGAAAGGAACAAGCCAUUAGCGUUGUUUGCCUCGGGGGACUUUCCACGUUGAUGAGGUCAACUUUCAGGAAUCUAAGAGAACAGUCCCAAACCUCCUGAGUAGACUUUACUAACCACCUGAAAGCCAAUGUGAAUUAUAUUUCCAAGGAGCAAGCUUACACCAGCCGUCCCUCGCAGGGGACGCGAAUGCAGCUUUUGUACAGAAGACCAACACGCCAUCCAAAUGGUCCUGCUGAGAAGACUUCCCUUCUGGAAUCACUGGUGAGAUGCGGCGCUGAGGGAGUUCAUCUCCUUUUUCUAAUGUCCAAAACUCACUCAGAUAGGCCUUUUUUUUUUCUCCUUUUUUUUGCACAAUUAAAUACAAAUGCAGGACUUUUCUGAUGUACUUCUUUUAAUAUGCAACAUGGUAAAGCACAUUUACUUUUGUUGUUGAGCGGACUGCAAGGUUUUGGAAGACUUUGACAUUUGUACGUACUACGGUCUUGUGCGAGCAAUAUCCUGCUCUUAGUUUUGUUACAUUUUGAGCAUGAACAAACAGCCUAACAGCGCUGGGUGGCAUUAUUCCUGAAAGCACAAGUCACAUUAUAUUUCAUUCCAAUGAACUGGAAAUCUUAAAGUUACAAAUGGCCUGAUUUAUAGUCGAAGUGAUGUCAAUUAUCCAGGGGUGCUCCAUGUUACCAGAAUGAGAUGCUGUAGAUACUUGCUUCAUGUCCUGUUAAAGUAGUAAAAUAAGCUGUUAGUUAUUCAUAAAGUCAUGAAUAUAGCAACAUUAACAUUUAUUUGGUUGAUAAAGCAUCUUUCUCAUAAGUUAUGCAGCAAAUAAGACAGAGAAAGCUAUGUGUUUGUAGCCACUAGCUGCUUGAAAAGCCAACUGCUACCUUUUUCUGUCAUUUAAAAGAAGGGAGACAGUGUGUUAGUUAGUGAAGUACAACUUUGUUUGCAUAAAAUAUUUGCAACUCCUUUAACAAAGCAAUGCAUGUGGACCAAAAAAACCAAAUCAAUACUGUAAAAGAUGAUAAUUAUCUUGCAAAGUAAAAGUAAAAAAAAAAAAAAAAAGUAAAGCUUUGCAACAAACAUCUUUUGCUUUGCACUUAUAGUAGUAAUUUUAUUUUUGUUCAAUAAAAACAUGGAUUCGUAUAGCUUUAAAUGAAUGCUAGGCGGCUCUCCAUCCAGAAAAUACAGCUUGAAAGACAUUGCAGAUGUUAGCUUAUCUAACUACACUUAUCAAAGCCAUACAGACUACUUGUUAAACUGCUCAGCUUUAUUUAUUGGAGGGUUUCGUUGAGUAGAAUCCUGUUUGUCGUGCAGCAGCUAGUGUUAAAAAGAUGUUUGGCAAUACUAGUUAGCUAGAUAGAAUCAGCAGUUAGCAUCAGUUAUUUAAGCUUUUAACACCUGUUUUUUUCAGGGAAAGACAACGUUUAUUAGAGAAAAAGUGCAAGACCAAUAUAAAGGAUCAACUUCUACUUUCUUUGUUGAAACACAAUCUUCAACAUCUUCCUGGUCACCAGUUUUGGGACUACAGAUGUAAUUUAGGUUGUGUUUCUGUUUCUAACCAUAGCUUGGGGUCAUAGUUCGAGUCAUGUAUGCAUGAAAAGAGUAGAUGUUAAAAGGUUAAAUCAGAAACGUGCAUUUCAGGUGUUUGUUAAAGCGUUUCGGUGUGCUAACGGAUUUAGGGUCGUGUACUGAAAAUCGAAUGUAUUUAUGUUAAAAGUCGUGUAGUUCAACAUGUAUAGCAUUUACAGCAGGUGCCAUAAAGCUCAUAUGACAUCAGAAAAAUGAGAACAAGAUGGGUUUGGGGAAUCUUGCUUGUUGUACAAUACAGUGCCAAUUAUUAAAAGGGACUUUGUAUUUUUAUCACUGGAGUUGAAAGAAGCAACGUCGGUUUCUUGAUGUUUCUUGACAGCAGCUCCAGUAACUCACUUUUCCAGCCUUAUACUCUCCAGGGACAUUAAACAACCUCCCUGGUUUCUUUAGUCUUAUUUCCUGAUUUCAUACAAAGGGUGACAGUGUAUCAGCUAAAGGUUUUCAAUGUUCUUAUCUUGCCUUAUUAACCUGAAUCCGAACGCUGCAGUACUUUUAACUGUUCAAGCACAAAGACUGAAUAUUAUUUCUUUAUGUAUGUGUCUGAAAACUGCAAAAACUUAAUGUGGAAGUGACUGGAUGUCGUUGCUGAAGUGGCAAUGUACAGUCUACACUUGGUGGACAUGUGUCAGACACUGCCCCCUGCUGUAAAUAUACUGAACUACCCCCUAAAACUAACCCCCCUCCUCUUUAAGACUCAUAGAAUGUAUUGUUAUAGUUUUAAUAAACAAAGGUACACAUUAAUUUUUAGGUUAAAAUAUUGUAUUGCUGUCUAUUAGUUUGAUAACAAUGCAUUUUGAAGUGAAUUUAAAUGUUUUGAGAGGGUUUGUAUGAGUUCAUAAGGGACCAUGACAAUAUUUGUCUCAGUAACUUCAAUAUUUCUAUGAAUCAUCAGUGUGUACCUGUUUGAAUAACCUACAGCCCACGAAGAUGUCACCUCCUUUUGGGAUAUGAGUUGAUCUGUUGCUCAAACUGUCCAAACUGUUUCUGUAAGUAGACUUAGUGUCGGUGUUCAGUAAUAGAUGAUGUGCUGCCUCAGGGCUGCAGAGCCUGUCUUACCCCCCAACCCUGAACCUAUAAUGUCACAUGUGAAGCCCCCUCCUUUCCUGUCUGUCUGUUGCCAUGUUGUACUUACAGCAUCAAUAAAACUCUACAGUUGGUGACAUGCUAAUAUCUGUUAACCCUGUAGGUCAACACAUUUCACGACAUGUGUUGCUGUAUAUGCAUGUACUUGUCUGUCUAUUAUAGAUCUUUGCAAAUAAAUGAAAGAUGACCUGUC